AUGUCGAACAUGUAUGCAUCAUUGGGACGCUGGAAGGAUGCAGCAAUGAUUCGAAGGCACAUGAAGGAUAGAGGGAUCGAGAAAACUCCAGGGUGUAGUCUCAUUGAGCUGGAUGGGGUGGUCUUCGAGUUCUUUGCUGAAGACAGUGAGCACCCCCAGUUGAAGGAGAUAUACGCGAAAGUUGAGGAGAUGAUUGACAAGAUCAGGAUGGCUGGGUAUGUCCCAAAUACAGCUGAUGCAAGGCUAGAUGUUGAUGAGUGUGAGAAGGAAUUGUCUGUUUCCCAUCACAGUGAGAAGCUGGCUAUUGCGUUUGGCCUGAUGAAGUUGCACCCUGGUGCAACAAUUCGGUUAUCGAAGAAUCUGAGGGUGUGCACGGACUGCCACUCAGCCACGAAGUUGAUUUCGAAGGUGUACAAUAGGGAGAUUGUUGUUCGAGACCGGAGUAGAUUUCAUCAUUUCAGGGAUGGUUCCUGCUCCUGCAAUGAUUACUGGUGAUACCAGUUCUCUGUAUUGUGCUGAAGAUCUUUCUUUUAGAUGAGAAUGGACACCAGGCACACCUGCCCGGCUGCCCCAUUUGAGGGGAGAGUGGAGGAUAUAUUGACAAAGUAACCUGUAAAUACAGGACAGUUGUUAGCGUAUAAAAAAAACUGCUAGCCUUCCAUCAAGUUGUUCUUCAACUUUAAGUGUAGGGGAGUGUAGGGGAGAGUGGAAGGCAUAUUGACAUAAUUAUGAAGCUAGUGUCUGAUUGUGUACAGAGUAUACAGUGCUCUGCAUGAAUUCCAAUAAGA